AAUAACAGUUAAGCUGAUAAAAGAAAUAAACAACAUACUAGGAACUUUGUGUUCAAGAGUGUGAUAUUAUGUUUAUGAGAUCAUACACAUUUGAUAAACAGUAACCCAUUUUCUUUCUUUUGGUGUUUACUUUUUUUUUUUAAGCAUGCAAAGACUAGUGCACCAUAUUCCAAAUUUACUGUCAUCUUUAGAGUAUAGUAACAGGUUUAAGGUAAUAGUAGGUAGUAUGACCAUGUAAUGGAAUCCCAUCACAUGGUCAUAAUAAACAGGUCACAUGAUUGGAAUCAACGUAAAAACUUUAUGCAGCCUAAAAACAAACAAUUUAUCUCACCCCCUUCUUUUCUUCUCUUCGUAUACACUUAUUUUUUUUAAUAAUGCAGAACAACAUACCGACUGAAGUACUAUUACAGAUUGUAAACAAAUUGACUCCAUACGAAAAAAGACAAGGCUUAUUAAUUUGUCGAGAUUGGUAUCAAGUGUUUAGAUACAGUCUCUAUCAUAGCAUAAAUAUACACAGCUUACGUCAACUCAAAUUAUUUUUCCAAACAUUGUCAACAAAUGGACAUCUUGUCAAGCAUUUUUCAGCUCUCAAGAAAACAGGUGUAUACUUACAAAAGAUGCUCCAUGAUAAAAUCAUUAUACCCCGUCUCUUGUUUGAGCAACUACCUGACCUUUGUCCAAACAUGGAGACUUUGGACUUUGAUCCGGAGACUUGGAAGUCUGUUUGUUUUAACAUGAACGUAUCACAGUGGAUUCAUAUACGACAAUUACCUACUCUUUCAAUCAUAGGCCCCUCUUUACCGUUUUUACACUGCCUAGGAUCAGGUUUAUCAUCACUUUCGAUUCAAAGUGAAAUGAUACUAGACAUCUCAACCCAGAACAAAUUAUUCUCUAUUCUUUCGUUGGUUCCCCGUAUCACAGAAUUCACUAUCAGGGGGAAUCGAGGCACCAGCAAUGUAACACCUACCACUCUCUAUCUAAGCCUAGAAGAUAUAGAAUUGAUUCAUAAAUUACUGCCUUGUUUGGAAUCAUUUACAAUCACAGGAAAUAAUAUAGAAAUGCCUAUUGGUGAGCUUUUCAAUAUUGAGAAUUUUCCCACAGCUCAUCGAAUUAAAACUUUGCAUUGGAAUACACGGUUAAUGCCCGUUACUUGGUUACUCUUUGUGACACAUAAAUACAGUCGUGUUCAAGACCUGGUCUUGGCUGUUCAGAACCAUAUACCCAAUAUUUCCUUUCCACAACUGACGGAAGAAAACGCAUUGUAUAUUCAACUCGUGCAGAAAUGCCGUCAUUUAAAAAAGAUUUCAUUAUCUAGUCCUCUUUUGAAUGACUGGUUUAAUGCAUCUUUCUUGGGGGACCUGAUUCAUUUGCCAUACAUUCAAGAGGUGGGACCCAUUGUACAAAAAGGAAAUAGGAUCAAGUUUGAUACAGAAUUUGCUUUAGCUGCAUUGCCUGAGAAUAGACGGCUCAUUACUGCGUUGGAAAUAGAACAAUGGAGAUUGGAUAUGAAAUUAUUAUGCACACUCAACACCUUGAGGAAUUUUACAAAACUCGCCUAUCUCGAAUUAAAAUGCGAUUCUUAUAACGAUAAAUACGACCUGGAAAAUCUACUUGAAUCUUGUCCUCGUCUAGAGAAUUUGGUUUUAGAAUGGGGCACUCUUUUAUUGACAGAUCAAUCUCGUAAGCGACACCCUUUAAAGUCGCUAUGUAUCACUUAUGUAGCAUUUGAACCAACCGUGUUUCAAUAUUUAUCAAAUAAAUGCCGAUCACUAUCAACAUUGCUCAUCACCAAAUGCAAACAACUGUGUGAACUUCAGAAUGUCUCUACUCAGACUGUGAUCCAAAUUGAUAUGCCACAGAAUAAUUUUGAAUUGAUUCUAAUGGAUGGCAUUCGAUUGGAUUAUUCAAAUGCAAACGUAUUUUAUCGUGGCUUAUCCAGUUAUGCCAGAGUGGUUUCAAUUCAGCAAAGUGACAUGCCAGUGAAAUGGUACCAGCAUGUAGAGUAUACCUCAAGUAAUCGAAAAGUACCGAUAUCUCAAUUAUUGAAUGAUAAGGAUGAAAAAGUUACCCAGGACUACUUUUCACAGCGUGAACAAUAUUCAUUUGUAAAUAACCAUGAAGAAGAAGCAAAGACCAACAUGGAAUUUGGAUACAUUAAAAUCAAGUGCCAAUCUUUACGGAAUUUUGUAUUGGACGGUAAUUUUUCUUGUUAAUUUUUAUAAAUAAAAAUGGGUGUCAUCCAAUGAAAUAAAAACAGGUUUUUUGAAAUCACGUAUGGUCUCGUUGAUGCGGAAUUAAAUGAGCCUAUUAUGGAGUUUUAUCUCCUCCUCCGCCACCUUCUUCUAACCACUUUGCGUAUCGUUCCAAACGGAGCCUUUCAGCCUCCUCAUC